AUGGAGGACUCGGACUCGGCAGCGAAGCAGCUGGGCCUGGCCGAGGCAGCUGCGGUGGCGGCCGCGGCCGCUGUGGCAGCGGCGGCCGCGGCCGCGGCAGGAGGCGAGACGGAGGAGCCGGUGCUCAGCAGGGACGAGGACUCGGAGGAGGAUGGAGACUCGGAGGCGGAGCGCGAGACGCGGCGCGUGACGGCUGUGGCGGUGAUGGCGGCCGAGCCCGGGCACAUGGACAUAGGCGCUGAGGCCCUGCCGGGUCCCGACGAGGCCGCCGCUGCCGCUGCCUUCGCAGAGGUGACCACGGUGACUGUGGCCAACAUGGGUGCUUCUGCCGACAACGUCUUCACUACAUCAGUGGCCAACGCAGCAUCCAUCUCAGGACACGUGCUGUCGGGCAGGACGGCCCUCCAGAUCGGGGACAGUCUGAACACCGAGAAGGCCACUCUGAUCGUGGUCCACACGGAUGGAAGCAUUGUGGAAACCACUGGGCUGAAGGGACCAGCAGCCCCUCUAACCCCAGGUCCUCGGUCUCCUCCAACCCCUCUAACCCCUGGUCAAGACAAAGGUGGGACCAAGUAUAACUGGGACCCCUCGGUGUACGACAGUGAGCUCCCCGUGCGGUGCCGGAACAUCAGCGGCACGUUGUACAAGAGCAGACUUGGUUCAGGGGGUCGGGGGCGUUGCAUCAAGCAGGGAGACAACUGGUACAGUCCGACGGAGUUUGAAGCCAUGGCGGGAAGAGCUAGCAGCAAGGACUGGAAGAGGAGCAUCCGCUACGCUGGAAGACCCCUGCAGUGCCUCAUUCAGGACGGGAUCUUAAACCCCCACGCUGCGUCCUGCACCUGCGCAGCGUGCUGUGACGACAUGACCCUGAGCGGACCCGUCAGGCUUUUCGUGCCAUACAAACGACGCAAGAAGGAAAACGAGAUGCCCACCACCCCGGUCAAGAAGGAGUCUCCCAAAAACAUCACACUGCUCCCCGCCACAGCCGCCACCACCUUCACCGUGACCCCCUCAGGACAGAUUACUACCUCUGGCGCGCUGACCUUCGACCGGGCGUCCACCGUGGAGGCCACAGCUGUCAUAUCGGAGAGUCCAGCCCAGGGUGACGUCUUUGCUGGAGCCACAGUGCAGGAAGCAGGCGUGCAGCCCCCAUGCCGGGUCAGCCACCCGGAGCCCCACUACCCCGGCUACCAGGAUAGCUGCCAGAUGGCACCGUUCCCAGAAGCCGCGUUGCCCACGUCUCAUCCCAAGAUAGUGUUGACAUCCCUGCCCGCCCUGGCGGUCCCACCCUCCACCCCCACCAAAGCCGUGUCUCCCACAGUGGUCAAUGGGCUGGAGAUGUCGGAGCAGCGGAGCUGGCUGUACCUGGAAGAGAUGGUCAACUCCCUGCUCAACACGGCGCAGCAGCUGAAGGCACUGUUUGAACAGGCCAAGCAGGCCAGCUCCUACCGAGAAGCCGCGGUGGUCCAGGCCAAGGUCCAAGCCGAUGCAGAGAGGAAAGAGCAGUCCUGCAUCAACUGUGGCCGGGAGGCCCUCAGCGAAUGCACCGGCUGCCACAAGGUCAACUACUGCUCCACCUUCUGCCAACGCAAGGACUGGAAAGAUCACCAGCAUGUGUGCGGCCAGUCAGCAGCGGUCACCGUCCAGGCAGAUGAGGUCCAUGUGGACGAGAACGUCAUUGACAAAGUGUCCGUGUGA